AUGAUUCCUCCAAGCGGCUCUGCCGGAGGCAGCGUGGAUGGGGUGGAAAAGGAGCGUGAACUGAAGGCUAUAGAUCAGCCCCCUUCGCCAGCAUCAUCAAGCGGCCAGGAAUCCAAGCUGCAGAAACUAAAACGAUCACUUUCUUUCAAGACCAAAAGUUUACGGAGUAAAAGCGCCGACAACUUCUUCCAGAGGACGAACCACGACGUCCGGCUGCAGAUGGGCCUGCUGCCCGAAGCGAGGGUCGGUGGCGGCCGAUUCCCAGACCCGGAGGGCAAGGGGACCACCCCCGCCAGGGUCCACCCGCAGCCAGAAGCCACCAAAGUGCACGCGUUCCAAGACCACGUCUUCAAGAAGCCCACUUUCUGUGACGUCUGCAAUCACAUGAUCGUGGGGACCACCACCAAGCACGGACUCCGCUGUAAGGCCUGCAAGAUGAGCGUCCACCACAAGUGUACUGAGGGGCUCAGCCAGCAACGCUGUAUGGGCAAAUUGCCAAAGGGGUUUCGACGUUACUACAGCUCCCCCUUGCUCAUUCAUGAACAGUUUGGCUGUAUCAAGGAAGUGAUGCCCAUUGCCUGUGGCAACAAGGUGGAUCCCGUCUAUGAAACCCUCCGAUUUGGAACCUCGCUCGCCCAGAAGACCAAGAGGGGCAGUUCUGGAACAGGAUCCGACUCACCCAACAGAAACUCUACAUCAGACCUGGUGGAGGUUCCUGAGGAAGUGGAUGGUCUAGAGAGCGUUUUUGAUGCCAGAAAGCGGAGCAACAGUGUGUUCACCUAUUCUGAAAAUGGCACAGAUGAUUUCAAAGAAGAAUUGAAGGGCACAAACUGCCAGGUUGCCAAGAGGAGGCUGGUGAUCCCAGCCAAAGGUGAAAAGAAACGCCCACUCCAAAGAUUCGUGACUUUCUUUAAGGGAUCUCUGUGCAAAGACCCAUUCCAGGUGAACACCUAUGUGGCCUUGUACAAAUUUGUACCACAAGAGAGUGAAGACUUGGAAAUGAGGCCAGGAGACAUGAUCACUCUUCUGGAAGACUCCAGCGAAGACUGGUGGAAGGGGAUGAUCCAAGACCGGAUCGGCUAUUUCCCAGCCAACUUUGUUCAAAAGGUGCAGCAAGAUGAGAAGGUCUUCAGGUGUGUCCGAACAUUUACUGGCUGCAAGGAGCAAGGGCAGAUAACGCUGAAAGAGAACCAGAUCUGCGUGACAUCCGAAGAGGAGAGCGACGGCUUCAUCAGAGUUUCUAGUGGAAAGAAGAGAGGCUUGGUCCCUUUGGAUGUCUUGGAAAACAUCUGAUUUCCAACCCUUCGGAGCUCCAUGGAAAGCAAGGUUUGCCAGCAACGUUCAACAGCCCUGUUUGCACCGUGCCCACCCUCACGGACCCUGGGGGGGGGGGACAGCGACGCCUGCCUCCACCCCCCACCCCAAUUUGACUGAUGAGUACCCGAAGCCACGAGGUUGGUGCCUUUGUCUUCACCGGGCGAUCCAUGAGCGAGAAAAACCAUCUACGUGGGAACAGCUCCUGGACUAGCGGAGCCAGUGUGGAGACUUAAACCUCCCGGUUACUCUGAAGGAGACUGCUCAAGCCCAUGAGGGCAGCAAGAUCAGCCGGAUGCAGCGUAUGCCAAGGCCUGGCAUCCUCUCCAGCCCCUGUCAGAGGCUGGUAGGGUCACGUAACUCCGGCCUUCCACUUCCACCCACAAUGUCAGUAGACUGGGCUCAGAGUUUCUCACUGCUGCUAAGCCUGGUCUCGAGGCUGGAGAAGGGUAUAUUGGCAGGGUCAGGGGUCGCUGGAGCUUGGGCUCCAGGACUGCCCGCUUUUCUCAUUUCCGCAGGCCUUUCUCGCUCCCUGAGUUUGGCUCACAGGGCGCGGUAGCAGACUAAUUUAGAAAAGCCGCCUGCCUGAAGAGACCCAACUUUCCACUCUGCCUGGUUCAGAGGAAGCGAAGGCGAGGGCGAGAUUGGGAAGGGAGUCGGUUCAGGUGGACGUGCCUCUCCACUCCGUAUAGAUGGGUUUUGCCUCGGGUUUCAGUCGCGUGGGUCUCAGAGCGUUGGCUCCCCAGAGUUCUGAGGGGCAAGGGGAUGGAGCCGUUGCUUGAGGUGGGCUUGACCACCCCCUCACUAUGUCUAGCUUAAGCCCACCAACUCAGUUUCCCAUAACCAUGGCCCCCAUUUCCAAGGCAAACAAAUAGCUGUCUUUGGUCGGACUACGUCUCCCAAACUGGGAAAUAGAAGAAGGAAAUUAAAGGCCGAGUUAUAAACCAUGCUCCAAAGCAACCAAAAUGGAGGAAUCCGGACGUUUUCUUCAGUAUCCACCAACGUGGGAAAGCAGAGAGGUUCCCUCACACCUCUCAGACGACCAAGGAAAAAUCCUGUCAUCCGCCCGGUCUCACCUAAGGAAAUGGGUGUGACCCUGCUCUUAUGCUAUUGUUUACAUGAAUGCAGCAUACUAUGAUGCCAUCUUCUCUCAAGUCUCAUCCCUGUAUUCCAACUUGCAAUAUCUAGUCAGAGGAUAACGGAGUCAAGAGCCACUCUCCACAGCCUAGAACCGACUUCAGUUAGAUUUAUUUUGAUACAAAGCAAUAAAGGAACUGAAGCGAUUGGGGAAAGACCUGAGUAGAUUCUGUCCCACUUCUAUCAGCUUUGCUUUUCAUCAUC